AUGGAGUGUGAGGAGGACGGGGGUACAGUGUGCACGUCUGGAGCACCGUUUCCCCCAUCCCCUCCUCUUAUUAUUAUUCUUUUGAAUAUUCUUCAUUGUCAAGCCGCCAAAGUGGAGAGUGCGAUUGCAGAAGGGGGUGCUUCUCGUUUCAGUGCUUCUUCGGGGGGAGGAGGUGGUAGGGGCGCACCUCAGCACUAUCCCAAGACUGUCGGCAACAGCGAGUUCCUGGGGAAAACCCCAGGGCAAAGCGUUCAGAGAUGGGUUCCUUCACGAAGCACUAGACGAGAUGUCAACUCCAGUAAUGAAAAAGAGCGACACGAUGCAAUCUUCAGGAAAGUGAGGGGCAUACUCAACAAACUCACGCCUGAGAAGUUUGACAAGCUAUGCCUUGAGCUCCUGAAUGUGGGCGUAGAUUCAAAACUCGUCCUUAAAGGAAUCAUCUUGCUGAUUGUAGACAAAGCCCUAGAAGAGCCCAAGUAUAGCUCGCUCUAUGCUCAGCUAUGUCUGCGCUUGGCAGAGGACGCACCAAACUUUGAUGGCCCUUCAUCUGAGAUCCAAACAUCCCAAAAGCAGAGCACAACCUUCAGAAGACUACUGAUUUCCAAACUUCAAGAUGAAUUUGAAAACCGCACCAGAAAUGUUGAAAUCUAUGACAAACAUGACAACCCUCUUACUUCUGAGGAGGAGGAGCAGCGUUCCAUUGCCAAGAGCAAGAUGCUUGGCAACAUUAAAUUCAUCGGGGAACUUGGUAAACUCGACCUCAUCCACGAAUCUAUCCUUCAUAAGUGCAUCAAAACACUUCUGGAAAAGAAGAAGAGAGUCCAGCUCAAGGAUAUGGGGGAGGAUCUGGAGUGCCUCUGUCAGAUAAUGAGAACCGUGGGGCCGAGACUCGACCAUGAGAAAGCAAAGUCUUUAAUGGAUCAGUAUUUUGGCCGUAUGCGAUCCUUAAUGAACAACAAGGAGUUGCCUGCUAGGAUCCGCUUCCUGCUGCAAGACACAGUGGAACUGCGCAUAAACAACUGGGUCCCCCGCAAGGCCUUCAUUGACAACGGACCAAAGACGAUUCACCAGAUCCGUCAGGAGGCAGUGAAAGAUUUGGGUGUUUUCAUCCCAGCACCCAUGUCUCAGGGGAUGAGGAUGGACUUCUUCCUGGAAAGCCCCUUCAUGCCCAACAGAAUGAAACUGGACAGGGAGACUCUCGGGGGAUUGGCCGAUAUGUUUGGGCAGAUGCCAGGCAGUGGGAUUGGAACUGGCCCGGGGGUCAUUCAAGAUAGGUACUCGCCCACUAUGGGGCGCCAUCGCACCAACCCACUCUUCAAUGGCCACAGUGGCCACAUCGUCCCUCAACCACAGUCACAGUUUGAUGCAGGGCCAAAGUCUUUUGUUAAGUCCAACCAGGUUCAGAACCAGCAUUUCCUCAACCAGAACCAGAACCACAUGGCCCAGCAGCAGGUCCCGUCCAAGGACAUGCCUCCACGAUUCAGCAAGAAAGGACAGCUCAAUGCAGAUGAGAUCAGCCUCCGGCCUGCUCAGUCAUUCCUCCUCAACAAGAACCAGGUACCCAAACUCCAGCCCCAGAUCCCCACCAUGAUGCCUCCCAGCGCCCAGCCCCCACGUACUCAAACCCCCCCUCUGGGACAGCCUCCACAGCUUGGCCUGAAGACCAACCCUCCGCCCAUCCAAGAGAAACCUCAGAAGAUCAACAAGAAACCACCUCCUGCCAAGGAGGAACUGCUUAAAAUGACGGAGGCGAUGGUGACUGAGUACUUGAACAGUAAGAACUUGACCGAGGCUGUGAGCGGCGUGAGGGAGAUGAAGGCUCCCAAGCACUUCCUGCCGGAGAUGCUGAGUAAGAUCAUCGUGUGUUCCCUGGACCGUCCCGAUGAGGACAAGGAGCACGCUAGCACUCUGGUCCACACGCUCCGCACAGAGGGCCUCAUCACUGGAGAGAACUUCAUGCAGGCUUUCCUCAACGUCCUGGACCAGUGUCCCAAGAUCGAGCUGGACGUGCCCCUGGUGAAGUCCUACCUGGCCCAGUUUGCGGCUCGGGCCAUCAUCGCAGAGCUGGUGAGCGUGGCGGAGCUGGCUCACCCCCUGGAGAACGGCACACACUUCCCCCUCUUCCUGCUUUGCCUGCAACAGACGGCCAAGCUGAAGGACCGCGAGUGGCUCACCGAUCUCUUCCAGCAGAGCAAGGUCAACAUGCAGAAGAUGCUCCCAGAAAUCGAUCAGAACAAGGACCGCAUGCUGGAGAUCCUGGAGGGGAAGGGCCUGAGCUUCCUGUUCCCGCUGCUGAAGCUGGAGAAGGAGCUGCUGAAACAGAUAACGGCAGACCCCUCUCCACAGUCCAUCUACAAGUGGAUUAAAGACAACAUCUCACCCAAGCUUCACACUGACAAAGGCUUUGUCAACAUCCUCAUGACCAGUUUCCUCCAGUACAUCUCCCAGGAGCUGUGCAUGGGCGAGGCCGACGAGCAGCUGGCCGCCCCAUCCAAAGAGCAACUGGAGCAGGAGAAACAGCUGCUGCUGGCCUUCAAACCCGUCAUGCAGAAGUUCUUGCACGACCACACAGAGCUGCAGGUCAGCGCUCUCUACGCCUUGCAGGUGCACUGCAACAGCAGCGCCUUCCCUAAAGGCAUGCUGCUGCGCUACUUUGUCAACUUCUACGACAUGGAGAUCAUUGAAGAAGAAGCCUUCCUUGCAUGGAAAGAAGACAUUAGCCAGGAAUUCCCUGGAAAAGGAAAAUCUUUAUUCCAGGUCAACCAGUGGCUCACCUGGCUGGAGACAGCCGAGGAGGAGGAGUCAGAGGAGGAGGCAGAUUGAGAAACCAAGAAGAAGCAUUGUGGUGUAGAUCGACCUUAUCUUAUUAGUACACUCGCCUUUGUUCACUUUAUUUAACUCCAUUCUUAAUUUAACCACUUCCACGUGGCACUUAGCUGCUUCUGUUAGGCAAAUAUAAACGGAAAGCUUGUACCUGUAGGGCCUCAUGUGUUACCACCCGCACACCGUGACGAUGGGCUGAGAAGCAUUUGAUCUGUUGCCUAAUGGAUGUUUGAUUUUGGAUCUUGUGUCCUGAUCAGCUUCAUGAAAGUCUGGAGUGGCUCAACCAUCUGUUUUUUUGUUUUUUUUUGUCUUUUUUUCUUUUUGUCUUUUUUUCUUUUUAAAGUUUGUAUCUUUUUUUUUUUUUUCACUUGAUGUUUUUUUCCAUUUCUACUUAAUUUUACUGAUCGGAACUUCCCAAGUAGGAAACGGCUAUAUAAGAACAUGUAGGAUUUCUCCCUAAAUAAAUUGAAUGAGUGGUCAUCUUUGCUAAUGUUAGUUUAAAGACCAUUACCAAAAGGUCUUGUCAUGGAUUCCCUUCCAUCGCACUCAUGAUAUCCUUCAAAACAUAAAGGGAGAUUACAAAUCACCAGACAGGCUGCAGAGGGAUCUAUUUAGUCAAACAGACAAUAUGUGACCUUCAGCAUUUUGUUUCAGAAAGUGAGAGCCAAGCAUAAGCUGGCAAAGCAUUUCAACAUGAAUUAAUGUGUGUUUAGUCAACCUAUGCUUACUAAAAAAAAAACACGUUUCCGCUUUUUAAUUAAAUAAAAGUGCUCUUGUAGUCGCUGAUAAUGAGCAUCUUGCUUUCUUUGUGAUUUCCCUUUUUCGUUAUCUGUCCCUUUCUUGGAUGAGUGGUUGCAAUAUUCAACGAUCCUCAUAUUAUAAUAUUUCAAGAAGUUGUAAUCAUUGGUGUACCGCAGUAACGUUUCAAAGUUGCCUGUAUUUCUACCUCUUAGUAAGAUGGGCUUUUUUUUGUUUAUUGUGCUUGGAUAAUGAAAUCUACUAAGAAGAACCUAUUAUAGCCCAAGCAAAUGCUGAAGUUUUUGAUUUAGUCCUGGCCUAAUUGCACAAUAAAGCAGACUUUUCCUAAUACAUUUCACAAAAGAAAAGCUUGUUUUUAUUCAUUCAACAGCUCAGUUUCCUCUUUAAAAACGACAAGAUGGCCUUUCAGAGUUUCAUCUCACUCAGAAUUUGGAGUAACCGUGUGAAAGUGGCCCGUUUUAUUUCGAAUGCUCCAGUGUGCAAAAUGGAAGAAUUUAAUUUUAAAUGUUUGUCUUGAAUUGGCAAAGUGAAAGAAAACCGUUAACAUAGAUUAACCCCCCCUCCACUAAUCUUAAACUUAAAUGUGUCCAACUGCUAAAUAAGUUUGACAACUGUGCUGACAAGCCAUGCUUAUGUAUAAGACAGUGGAUUCGGAUCAUAUUGUAAGGUAUUCCAAAUUAUUGUGAACCUCCUAUCGCUUUAAUGUCAAUAAAGUCCAGUACAUGAGCACCAAAGCU